UAUUUAUGACCUUGCAUUCAAACCGGACGGGACUCAGUUGAUAAUUGCUGCUGGCAAUAGACUGCUGGUAUAUGAUACUUCUGAUGGAACCUUAAUCCAGCCUUUGAAAGGACAUAAGGACACUGUGUACUGUGUGGCAUAUGCCAAAGAUGGCAAACGCUUCGCAUCUGGCUCUGCUGAUAAAAGUGUGAUAAUUUGGACUUCAAAGUUAGAAGGAAUUCUGAAAUACACGCAUAAUGACUCUAUUCAGUGCGUUUCAUACAAUCCUCUUACUCAUCAGUUGGCAUCCUGCUCUUCCAGUGAUUUUGGCUUGUGGUCUCCUGAGCAGAAGUCAGUCUCUAAACAUAAGACCAGCAGUAAGAUUACUUGCUGUAGCUGGACAAAUGAUGGCCAGUACCUCGCUUUGGGAAUGUUCAAUGGUGUUGUUAGCAUACGGAAUAAGAAUGGUGAAGAGAAAGUUAAAAUAGAGCGUGCAGGGGGUGCUUCAUCUCCAAUAUGGUCAAUUUGUUGGAAUCCAUCCAGAGAUGAACGCAAUGAUAUUUUAGCUGUGGCAGACUGGGGUCAGAAACUUUCCUUUUACCAGCUCAGUGGCAAACAGAUUGGAAAGGACAGAAUGCUCAAUUUUGACCCUUGCUGUCUUAGCUAUUUUACUAAAGGAGAGUAUAUCUUAUUGGGAGGUUCUGAUAAGCAAGUUUCCCUCUUCACGAAGGGUGGUGUGCGUCUUGGUACCAUAGGAGAGCAAAGCAGCUGGGUGUGGACAUGCAGAGUUAAACCAGACUCCAACUAUGUG